UCGGAACGCACACACCCUCACACCUUCACCCGCUCCCCGCCCGCUUGCUUGCUUGGCUCCCGCGGGAAGACGCAGCCGUAUACGUACGUACGUACACAUAACAACAAUCAGACAAGGAACGAAGCGCGUGACAAGAGGAGGCCAGCAAGCCCCUGCUCGAACACCAACCAGCAGAGCAGCAGCAGACUGAACAGCAUAUCAGCGCAUCACGUGUCUUGCCUCUGAUUCCAACGUAACAAAGCGUCACAGCUUUUUGAGCCGUCUGCCGCCCACCGCCCAACGAUGUCCACCACAGGCAACAUGCGGCCUGAGCGAGGCCUUGCCGUAUUUGCCCAGAAGGCUCAGACUUCCCCGGUGAAACCUGGCGCAAAAAAGGAGCAGACCUCUGCGACCCAGGAGGGUCGCCCAGCUACCGGUCGGCGGCCCCUUCCACGGGGAUUGGUUCGCGAGGUGUUCUGCGUGAGGGCUGGCGACAAGGAACAGGAGAAGGAGCUGGCCAAACACAUGAAGAUGCAUUAUGAACCCUGGGUGAUUCGCCCAGACCCGCUCACAGACGAGCCCCGCCUUUACCUUGAGCCCCUCCCAAAGUUCAAAGAUGUGUCGCUGUUCCAGAAAAAGCCACUGUUGCUGGCGAAGCUCCAACAAUGCACGCUUGUCUUUGACUUUACGAAGCCCAGCACAGCGACGAACCGCAAGCUGAAGACCCGAGCACUGACGGACAUCUGUGCAUCGUUUGACAAGAUCGAGGACAAUGUCAGAGAGGAGGGAGUCAUACCGAGGUUUAUUGAAGUGUUUGAGUCCAACUGUAUUCGCCGACUGCCGCCGCCUUCCACCAACGCCAGCGGCGCUGAUCCAGACCUUGACGAAGACACGCACGCCUUGGAGCCUGCAUGGGCUCACCUCGAGCUGGUCUACACCAUGUUCAUCAAGCUGAUGAAGUCCCCCGUGCUGACAACGACGCAUGCAAGGACGUUCUUGUCGCGGCAGCUACUCCUGCGGUUGCUGGACAUGCUUGACUGUGAGGACCCGCGGGAACGGGCACGCCUUGGCGUUGUGCUGCACGUCAUCUACGCAAAAGCCAUCGACUGCCGAGCGUUCCUGCGCACUUCCAUCUACAACAUAUUCUACAGGUACAUGUACGAAACAGAGCGCUUCAAUGGCAUGAGUACGCUGCUGCUGUUCAUGCAGAAGGUCAUCAACGGGUUCACCCGCCCCGUUCGUGAAGAGCACAUCCACACGUUCCAGCACAUUCUCCUGCCGUUGCUCAAAGUUCGCCGCCUCAACACCGUUUUCCAAGAGUUGACGAUAUGCAUCAUCAGCUUUGUGGACAAGAAACCCGAGCUUGCGGACGUGGCGAUCAAGUAUGUGCUCAAGCACUGGCCGCACACGCCCAGCUUGAAGCAGCUGCUCUUCCUGGAGCUGGCACACGUGCUUGUGCUGAAAAUGAACCACGGCACAUUCAAGAACAACGUGACCGCCAUCAUGAAGCGCCUGGCAACUUGCAUGGAAAGCUACCAUUUUCAGGUGGCUGAGCGCGCCAUGUUCUUCUUUGACGACCCACGCGUGUUGACGUUCGUGUCCGACUGCUCCCGGCGCUGCGCGUCCAUCUUGCUUCCCGUCCUCCUCAAGGUGUUGCAGCAGCACUGGUGCGAGAAGGUCAAGUUUAUCGCCAUCCAAGUGACACGCGUGCUGCAGUCUGUGGAUGCCAUGGCUGUACAGAAGUGUGCACAUGAGAUUGAAGUGAAGCAAGAACAGGCAAGUCGGCGUCUUCUCUCUGAAAGGCAGAUCAGCACCCAUCGAGGGCGUAGCCAACCGCAUGUGCAGUUGUUCGUGCUGCUCCGUCUAAGUCCCUGUGAAAGAGGCACAGCAGCGUCGCCAGGACCGAUGGCAACGACUUCACGUCCUCGCUCAGGAGCGGGCUUCUGCAAGGCGGCUGAACGUUCACCUCACACCCUACACAGCACCGGUCAUGGAGGAUUGCCACGACCGCCAAAUGCUGCACAGCAUCUCGGAUCUUUCCAUCGCAGACGAGCACGAGACCUCACCUCCUGAUGCCCCAUCAGCAUUGGCGACAACGCAACCACCACCCACACUGAUUGUUGCCUCAAGUCCUUCCGUGAACUUCCCCACAACCACAGGCACAAAUUCAAGUACUCCACUUUCUCCCACCACAGCUGCGCUAAGGCCCUUUGUUCUGUCCACCACACCAACACCUUCCUCUCCCACCCACUCUUCCUCCCCGAUCCUUUCCCGUCAGCCUUUUCAGCCUGAAGCUGAUCCUGAAGAAGAAAGGAGUUCUUAAGUACUGUACGCGCUCACUAGGACCUCGAGGUCAUGAAGUCAGGAAGUCAUGAGGUUCUGCUUCUUCUUCUUCUUCUUCUUCUUCAGUUCUUCCGUUCUUCUGUUCCGUUCUUCUGGUCUUCUUUGGGGAAUGUGGGGCCAUCCGUGCCCAGUCGGCAACAGAGAACCUCACAGUUGAACAGUGUAACAGAUUCACAGAGCACUCAUACACUCCACUCUAAGAUUCUGCGACUCUUCUACUCUUCGACUCCUUCUUUUCUUCGACUCGACUCCAGCAGCUGGUGGCGGCGCCCCAGAGCAGCACUGUCCUGAGUUUUGCGUGUUGUGUUUGUGCGCUUGCCUCACUGAUUUCGUUUUUCUUUGUUGUGAUUUGAUGUGGAUUUAGCGGGCACCAACUGUCGAUUUCUGUAAAAGAUAUUCUAAGAAAAUCUUGGGGCGUGGUGCACAACACCAUCCGGUUGGGUCUCAAGCAGAAAAAAAAAAAAAAAACUCC